GCAUCAUCCAUUGCUUAGCGUUUCUACAAUGGAAGAAUGUCUCUUGGAGCUAUUUCAAGGAAAACACAUGAAGCAAAUGCAAUGAUCAGGUUAGGAGGGAAGUCAGAUUUUGUAGAAGGUGGUGAGGUCAGUUUAUAUGGAUCCCAUUUGAUGGAGUCCUCUAAUUGAUGUCAUUAAUGGGUAUUCUCCAACACUUCCUCAUCUUAAGGGUCUUCAAAAUGGAGAUACUGCUACUAGCAGUUAAACAGGAUGCUGAAAAAUACAAGCUUGACCAUCCAAGCUGCUUCCAUUACUUGAAUCAGAGAAAAUUGUAUGAGCUUGAAGGAGCAAGUAAUGUUGAAGAAUAUUUGAAGACAAGAAAGGCAACUGAUAUAGUUGGAUUCAGUUUAGGCUGCCAGGUCUAGGCACCACGAAGCUUGAAAAGAGAUUAAACAAGCCGUAACAAACAAAUGACAAUACUGAAGCCACUUGAAUGUUUGGGGCCAUAGCUACAAGCAACAUCCCUAAGUAAACUAAGUAGAGCAUCGUGUAAAAUAUGUAAUAGAACCAAAAGAACUUGGAGGUUGUCCAAAAGUAACCAAUUGAUGGAUACGUAACAAUCAAAUAAAUAGUUACUUGUAGAAGCUCGUAGGGGAUCUCAAUACUCACCUGAAAGGUAAAGUUUUAUCGUAAGGAAACAUUUAAACUUACUAAAAUGCUACUAAAGUUGAUAUUCAACCUGUGCGAGAGAGUAGAUCCAUGAGGAGUACAUUCCUAUAAAUUUCUCCCGGUAUACCACAGUUCUCUCAAUUGACACAAAUGGUAAAACGAAUGAGCAGUUGUUUAUUCCAAUAAAGAUUGCGGCAGAAUAUGAACAGAUUUUGUUGAUUGACAUAUAGAAAAUAACUAGCUAUUAUAAACUAAAAGAAUAGUAAAUUUCAAAGAGAAGACAAUGAUACCAAAUUGAUUGAGUCUCGGCUGCAUAAUCUUUUAAUAGUAAUUCUAUUAUAAGGUAAGAGUUUGAAUCUCGGUAAAGUUAAAAAAAAAAAUCCUCUUGUACUGAUUAACUAUUUACCUCCUCA